GUUGAACCGGAAGUUGGGAUGGUCCUCCUGAAUGGGAAGUGGGGAGACAGAGGAAAGAACUGCAGCACUUUCCAUAUGUAGAACUUCACCUGGUUCUGAGAUUCAAAACUUUAGUCUUCAAGAUGGAACAGCAUCUACUCCACCAGGGAUCAGUGUCCUUGAGGGAUGUGGCUGUAGAUUUUAGCAGAGAAGAGUGGCAGCAUCUAGACCUUGCUCAGAAAAACCUGUACCGAGAUGUGAUGCUAGAGACCUACAACCACCUGCUCUCAAUAGGGUAUCAAGUUCCUGAUCCAGAGGUUUUCAUGAUGGGACAUGGGAGGGAGCCAUGGAAAAUGCAGGAUGAUAGUCCCUAUCAGAGUUCUUCAGAAGCAUUGUCGCAGACUGAUAACCAAAUAGAAAGCUAUCAACAAAGAGAAAAUAGAUCUUUAAGAGAUACUGCUUUCAUCAAGAAAAUACUGACCAUAAAGAGGGAUUAUGAAUAUAAGGACCUUGGAAAAUUAAUAUAUAUAAGACCAAACAUUUACUACCCCAAAGGACCCCUUCAAAAUGACUCAAUUAAAAAUACUUCAAAGUAUAAUUUAGAUUUACAUAGUCAUAGUAGAGUCAAUGUAUCAAAGAAAAUUAAUAGGAUUACUGAAUAUGGUAAAAUUUCUUUUUAUACUGGCCAUGGAUAUACUCCACUGGAAGAGAAAUUAUGGAAACAUUAUCAAUGUGGAGAAAUUCUCAACUAUAAACAAGAACCCUCUCAGCACCAGGAAAUUCAUACAGGGAGAAAAGUUUAUGAAUGUGUGGAAUUUGGAAAGAUCUGUAACCAAAAGUCACAAAUCAAGCUACAUCUGAAAGUUCACACUGGAGAAAAACUUUAUGUAUGUGUUGACUGUGGAAAAGCUUUUGUACAGAAGUCAGAAUUCUUUGCACAUCAAAAAUCUCACACUAGAGAGAAACCUUAUAAAUGCAAUGAAUGUGGGAAAGCAUUUUUUCAGGUAUCUUCUCUCUUCAGGCAUCAAAGGCUUCAUACUGGAGAAAAGCUCUAUGAGUGCAGUGAAUGUGGGAAAGGCUUUUCUUACAACUCAGAUCUCCUUAUACAUCAGAAAAUUCAUACUGGAGAGAAACACCAUGAAUGCAGUGAAUGUGGCAAAGCAUUCACACAAAAGUCCACACUGAAGAUGCAUCAGAAAAUUCAUACAGGUGAGAGGUCAUACAUAUGUAUUGAUUGUGGACAGGCCUUCAUCCAAAAGACACACUUGACUGCUCACCGACGAAUUCAUACUGGAGAAAAACCAUAUGAAUGCAGUAACUGUGGGAGAUCUUUUAUUUCCAAGUCACAACUCCAAGUACACCUGCGAAUUCACACAAGAAUGAAACCUUUUCUAUGUACUGAAUAUGGGAAUGUCUUCAAUAAUUCUAAUCUCACUACCCAGAAAAAAGCUCAGGUUAGAGAGAAAUCUUCUCUGUGUACUGAAUGUGGAAAGGCUUUUACCUAUAGAUCAGAGUUGAUUAUACAUCAAAGAAUUCAUACUGGAGAAAAACCUUAUAAAUGUAGUGAUUGUGGAAAAGCCUUCACUCAGAAAUCAGCACUUACAGUGCAUCAGAGAAUUCAUACAGGAGAAAAAUCAUAUGUAUGCAUGAAAUGUGGGCUAGCCUUUAUCCAGAAGGCACACUUAAUUGCACAUCAAAUUAUUCAUACAGGAGAGAAACCUUAUAAAUGUGGUCACUGUGGAAAAUCCUUUACUUCCAAGUCACAACUCCAUGUGCAUAAACGAAUCCACACAGGAGAGAAACCUUAUCUGUGCACUAAAUGUGGGAAAGCAUUCACCAACAGGUCAAAUCUUAUGACACAUCAGAAAACUCAUACAGGUGAGAAAUCCUACAUUUGUCCUAAAUGUGGAAAGGCCUUCACUCAAAGGUCAGACUUGAUUACACAUCAAAGAAUACAUACUGGAGAGAAACCUUAUGAAUGUAAUACCUGUGGGAAAGCUUUCACCCAGAAGUCACACCUUAAUAUACACCAGAGAAUUCACACUGGAGAGAGACAGUAUGAAUGCCAUGAAUGUGGAAAAGCCUUUAACCAGAAGUCGAUUCUCAUUGUGCAUCAAAAAAUUCAUACAGGAGAGAAACCUUAUGUAUGCACUGAGUGUGGAAGAGCCUUUAUCCGCAAGUCAAACUUCAUUACCCAUCACAGAAUUCAUACUGGAGAGAAACCUUAUGAAUGCAAUGAUUGUGGGAAGUCCUUCACCUCCAAAUCUCAGCUCCUGGUACAUCAACCAAUUCACACAGGUGAAAAACCAUAUGUGUGUGCUGUUUGUGGAAAAGCAUUUAGUGGCAGGUCAAAUCUCAGCAAACACCAGAAAACUCACACUGGAGAAAAGCCCUACAUAUGCUCUGAGUGUGGGAAGACCUUUAGGCAGAAGUCAGAAUUGAUUAUACAUCAUAGAAUUCACACUGGAGAGAAACCUUAUGAAUGCAGUGACUGCAGAAAAUCUUUUACUAAGAAAUCACAGCUCCAAGUGCAUCAGCGAAUUCAUACAGGAGAGAAGCCUUAUGUGUGUUCUGAGUGUGGGAAAGCCUUCACUGACAGGUCAAAUUUGAAUAAACAUCAGACAAUACACACCAGAGACAAACCAUACAAGUGUUUAGUAUGUGGAAAAGGCUUUGUUCAAAAAUCAGUACUGAAUGUACAUCAGAGUAUUCACACUUGCCCGCCGCUGCCACAACCACCACCGCAACCCUCCGCGCUGGCCCAGCUGCCACAGCCCCAGCAGAAGUUCCCUCAGUUCUAUGUCAAGUGGAGCCUGAAGAUCAAGAAGAAAGCCAUCAUUGACAACUACAAGGUCGUCACGCAGGUCCUGGGGCUGGGCAUCAACGGAAAAGUUUUACAGAUCUUCAAGAGGACUCAGGAGAAAUUCGCCCUAAAAAUGAGAAAAUCAAGACCCACAUGCUUCCUGGAAAUCUAUUCUGACUCCAUGGAAACUAUGGUGUAUAUGACCUUGCCUGUGGUUAGAAAACAGAGUUUAAUGAGUCUAAGAUCUUUUUCCAAGAAAAUGACUGCAUACCAGCAGAGACCUGUGUCAUUCAAGGAUGUGGUAGUGUAUUUCACUCAAGAGGAAUGGCACAGGCUGAAUCCUACUCAGAGGGCCCUAUACCGGGAUGUGAUGCUGGAGACCUAUAGCAACCUCAUCUCAGUGGGUUAUAAAGGCAUCAAACCAUAUGUGAUCCUCAGACUGGAGCAGGAAGAAGCACCGUGGAUUUGUGAGGCAGUGUGCUCUGGCUGCCACUGCCAGGAAAACGUGUGGCAAAUUAAUAUCAAGAGGAAAAGACAGCAAGAUGUGCUUUUGAGGCAAAAUGUAUUCACCAGCAAGAAAGCACUGCCCAAGGAAAGAAGACACAAAUGCCAUAAGUUUGGGAGGAAACCACUUCUGACCACUAAUCUUUUUCCUUCAGUUCAAACCCCCACCAACUGGGGCUCUUGUGGGAAGUUUGUUAACCAUAAUUUAGCCUUGACUGGUUUGAAGAGAAACUAUUCAAAAAAAAGAGAUGAGUUUGUUGGAUAUUUGAAGUUGUUGCAGCAUCCAAACCAUGAUCAAAAACCUAAUGGAGGAAAGUUAUGGGAAUGUAGUCACUGUGAGAAAGUUUUUGGCCAUAACUCAGAACUUAAAUAUAAAACAGCAGUAGCCAGUUCUCCUGUGUACAAACGUAAGAGAGUUCCGCCUACAAAGAAACCCCAUGUCUGUAGCGAGUGUGGAAAAGCGUUUUGCUACAAGUCUGAAUUCAUUAGACAUCAGAGAAGUCACAAUGGGGAGAAGCCAUAUGGAUGCACUGACUGUGGGAAAGCAUUCUCACAUAAAUCAACGCUUAUUAAACACCAGAGAAUUCACACUGGGGUUAGACCCUUUGAGUGCUUUUUUUGUGGAAAAGCCUUCACCCAGAAGUCACACCGCAGAGAACAUCAAAGAACCCAUACAGGAGAGAGACCCUUUGUAUGCAAUGAAUGUGGAAAGUCAUUUGCUGAAAAAUCAUACCUUAAUGUACAUCAGAAAAGACACACAGGUGAGAAACCCUAUCAUUGUAAAGAAUGUGGAAAAUCCUUCAGUCAAAAGUCAUGCCUCAAUAAACACUGGCGAAUACAUACAAGAGAAAAACCCUAUGAGUGCAAGGAAUGUGGCAAAGCUUUCAACCAGAAGUCCACCCUCAGUAGACAUCAGGAAAUUCAUGCUAGGAAGAAUACCUAUAGAAAUUAAAACAUUAUAAUGGAAAAAACUUGAACAAGUUACCCAGCUUCAUGGUAUAGUCAUUGUAUAUGUGCUUCAAUUGUGAUAUAAAGGAACGGCAGAAGGAUCCUGGUUUGAGCUCUCGGUUCCCCACCUGCAGGGGAGUGCUGAAGCAGGUCCGUAAGUGUCUUUCUGUGUUCCCCUCCUCUCUCCAAUUCUCUCUGUCCUAUACAACAAUGGCAACAAUAAUAACUACAACAAGGGCAACAAAGGGGAAUAAAAAAGAAACUGUUAAUCUAUUAUACUAACUAUAUUUUCUCCACCUCUUUGUGGCAACUAUGACAUUUGUUAAUAGACUCUUUCCUGAAUAGGAAUACAGUGGCCUAACAUCUUUUGUUAAGCCAGCCCCACUUUAUUAAACGUAGAUAAUUUUUAAAGGCAUUUACUUUCCCUUUAUAUAAGAUGUGUGAAUUAAAAUUAAAUACAUAGUAAAUUAUUUAUUUUAAAUAAUACUGAAUACUAAGCAAAUAAAUUAUAAAUUAUUUUGCCCUUAUCAAUGUUGGGAGGACAAAGUAAUUUAACAAUUAAUUAUUUGACAGAAUAUGGCCCUGGUAUUGUACACUAUUCCUAUUUUUUUUCCUGGAUUAAAAUUUUUAUAGCAAAUUAGCAGAAGAUAUACUCUAUGAAUCUUAUAAUCCAGAAAUGUUUCUUUUUUAAAUUUUAUUAUCUUUAUUUAUUGAUUAGACAGCCAGAAAUUGAGAGGGCAGGGGGAGAUAGAAAGAGAGAGACACCUGCAGCACUGCUUCAUUACUUAUGAAGUUUGCCCCCAGAAGGUAGGGACUGGAGGCUCAAACCUGGGUCCCUGCGCGCUGUAAUGUGAACGUUGAACCAGGUGUGUCGCCGACAGCCAGUCCCAAUUCAGAAAUGUUUCAAGCAGAAGCCAAUGACAGGAGUUUGUUUUUUUUCUAAUUUGUAUAACAAAAUCCACUUCUCUGUACAUUUCCCUUUGAAUGUUCUGGACUCUGAAUUCCUAGUUUUGUUUGUUUUUCAACAUUCCAAACCUUUAGGAGUGAGGAUGGGGACUGCUUCCUUGAGCUGUCAUAUCAUUAAAAAAAAAAAAAAAAAAAGAUUACAUUGGUCAAGAUUUGUCUCCUUGUAAGAAUGAAUGUUCUGAAAUGGAAAGGAAAUAUCGUUACAAAUAACAUGAUUAAAAGGAUCAUAAAGUAAACUA